CGUCGUCGUUCCCACGGCGUCCAGGGUACCCCAGUCGCUCUCUUCCUGUCCUGCCCCAUUACCGCGCAGGCUUUGUCACCACGUUAAGGCAUUCCCGCUCUCCGCGGAACCGCUCUGCCUUCUCGGCGGUGAAAGGGUGAGAGGGCCAGUGUUUGGGUCAACUUUGACUCCUCCCACCCGCCCGGAUCCUUAAGGGCCUCCUCGUCCUCCAGCGCUCUGGUCGCUGCCGCUCUGUGCGCAGGUUCGCGCCCGCCCUCGUUCUGCCAUGGGCCCCUCCAGUUCCUCCGCGCUGGCCCGCCUCGGCCUCCCAGCCCAGGCCCUGCCCAGGUGGCUUGGGGUGGCCGUGCUGGGACUGGCCGCGGUGGCGCUGGGGGCUGUCGCCUGGCGCCGAGUAUGGCCCAGGCGGCGCCGGCAGCUGCAGCAGGUGGGCACCGUGGCGAAGCUCUGGAUCUACCCGGUGAAAUCCUGCAAGGGGGUGCCGGUGAGCGAGGCGGAGUGCACGGCCAUGGGACUGCGCAGUGGUAACCUGCGGGACAGGUUUUGGCUGGUGAUUAAGGAAGACGGACACAUGGUCACUGCCCGGCAGGAGCCUCGCCUGGUGCUUGUCUCCAUCACUUAUGAGAACAACUGCCUGAUCUUCAAGGCUCCAGACAUGGACCAGCUGGUUUUACCUAGCAAGCAGCCUUCCUCAAACAAACUCCACAACUGCAGGAUAUUUGGCCUUGACAUUAAAGGCAGAGACUGUGGCAAUGAGGCAGCUCAGUGGUUCACCAACUUCUUGAAAACAGAAGUGUACAGAUUGGUUCAAUUUGAGACAAACAUGAAGGGAAGAACAUCAAGAAAACUUCUCCCUACUAUUGAUCAGAAUUACCAGGUGGCCUACCCAGACUGCAGCCCGCUCCUGAUCAUGACAGAUGCCUCCCUGGUAGAUCUGAAUACCAGGAUAGAGAAGAAAAUGAAAAUGGAGAAUUUCAGGCCAAAUAUCGUGGUGACCGGCUGUGAUGCUUUUGAGGAGGAUACCUGGGAUGAACUCCUAAUUGGUAGUGUAGAAGUGAAAAAGAUAAUGGCAUGCCCCAGGUGUAUUUUGACCACAGUGGACCCAGACACUGGAGUCAUAGACAGGAAGGAGCCACUGGACACCCUGAAGAGCUACCGCCUGUGUGAUCCUUCUGAGAGGGAAUUAUACAAGUUGUCUCCGCUUUUUGGGAUCUAUUAUUCAGUGGAAAAAAUUGGAAGCCUGAGAGUUGGUGACCCCGUGUAUCGGAUGGUGUAGUGACGGAUCCACUAGGGUAAUAUGGCUUCAGCAACCAGGAAGGAUUGACUGAGAUCUUAACAACAGCGGCAGCAAUACCUCAGCAAAUCCUUAUUAUCCAGCCUUCAACUAUCUUUACCCUGGAAAACAAUCUCGAUUUUUGACUUUUCAAAGUUGUGUAUGCUCCAGGUUAAUGCAAGGAAAGUAUUAGAGGUGGGAAUAUGAAGGUAUGUGUAUAAAUUUUAGGUACUGAAGGCUUUAAAAAUAAUUAACAUCAUCAAAAAUGCUAUUUUGAAUGUUAUCAUGGCUAUUAUGCUUUUACUUCCUGACUUUUUGAUGAAUAAAGCAAGUUUAAUGAAUCAACUAAAAAGCUGCAAAAA